AUGCCCGGCGAGGCGCAUGGCGUGGCGCUAUGGUUUGAUGCCGAGCUGUUCGGGUCCAUCCGGCUCUCUACAUCUCCAGAACAGCCCCUCCGAGAGCACUGGCGGCAGGCGGCCUUAUGCUUUCGGAGCCCCAUCGAGGCUGGCUCUGAGCCCUUGGAACUGGAGGCACACCACGAUGACGAUGCUGUUUGGAUUACACUUCCUCGCCGGCCAAGUGAAAAGCUUCAACCGGGCCGACCUCCAGCUUGCAGUUGCGGCCUCCACGCUGCCACUUCGCGGCGCCGCCUCGGUGCCCUGGGCGGCUUGGGCACUUUGCGUGCCCAAGUGGAGAAGGAAGGUGGCGCCUUGGGUGGAGCCUUGGUCUUGGGAGAUGGCCCCAACUUGGCGAUCAGGUUGGCCAGAAUCGGCUACUGUCCAGUCGUAUCUGUGGGGCCGGGCAUGCUGAAUGCCAGCAUCAUCCAGAAGUUUGCCACCAGCAAUGGCUUGCAAGGAGUACUCAAAGCAGCGCUUCGUGAUGGAGACAUUGUGCCAAAGGCCGCGGAAGCGACGAGGAAGCGCCGACUGGAAGCUGAUGUUCGGUUCACUGGCUGGGAGUCUGAGGCAGACAGCAGGGAAGAAGACGUGGAGGAUUUUCUGUGGGAGAAUCUGGCCAAGAGUUUGGCUGAGGCUUGCGAUGCCGACUGGACUGCAUUUUCCGAACCCUGGUAUGACUCCAUGGCGGAGGACUGGGGGUUUCACCACUACGCGCUCUUCGCUCGACACCUUCAUGCGCUGAAGCGUGCCAGCGUGCAGGUGCAAGUGGCAGCGCCUGGCUCAUGGACGCUCUGUGCAGCUGCUUUUGAAUCCGAGUGGCUUGCUAGGCGGCUGCGCCCUUUGCCGAGCGAUCUUGCUCCCUGGGAAGGCAUUGACCUUCGAGCUCUGAACACCUUGCAUGCAGGACAACCUUCGUCUGGUUUCAGCAUUGACGUCUUUCCGCUGGUGAGCAACAAGAUGCUUCAGGUUGUCUCGCAAAGUGUCGAGGUGAUGCAUCUGCCCUGCACCUGGGAAAGUCAACUGGAGGCAUGGCACAGUGUAGAGCUUUCACUCCAGCGCCCCGCGCACGGCAUCCUGCGGCCCCCGCCUCCUUCGGAGCGCAAAGCUCGCACAGGGGCUGAUUGCGAUUGUUGCAUAUUUUUUUACAGAUGA